AUAUCAAAUGGCAGAAGUCAGCAGUACAACAUAAACAAAAGAUACAAACACACACAUGACGGACAUGCCCGUAAACAAUCUCUCUCUCCCACACCAUCUUCCGCAGUUGGCUUUUGGCUUCCUGUAUUAUCGUAGUACCCCCCCAUAAAAACACUGUAAAAUUUUAGAGAGGGAAAAGAGAGGGAAAAGUCCAAUGCGGAGCGGCAGAGGAGAGAGAGAUGGAAAAAAUAAAACUUGCUUGCCGCUUCUCUGAUGCACCGUUGCAUGGUCCUCGAUCACUCAUCUACCCUCUCAGGCGGAUGACAGCUGCCCAUCCCUGGGUGGAUCGGAGUCAGACCCACGACGCACGAUUAGCCUAAUAAGGGAACGGGUGUGUAGAAUCACCACCCGGCCCCGCCCUCCACCCUGUCACAAACCCGAUUGAACAUCUCUGGAGAGAUCUGAAAAUGUCUGUGCACCUACGCUCCUCAACCAACCUGAUGGACCUUGAGAGGUCCUGCAAAGAAGAAUGGGAGAAACUGCCCAAAAAUAGAACAUUCUGGAGUUCUUGAUCUAUGAUGAGGACCCAUAUAUGAAAGACGACCAUAUUGCCACAGUCCUAUUUGACAUCAGUAACCUCACACCUGGGAAAAAGGAGACAAAAUGCUUAAUUAUAAACAAUACGACAAAGGAUGAACUUUGGGUGGAGUUUGAGAUCAAAAAGAGCUCUGAGAAGCCAGUGCCCUGCAUCUCUAAUGGAGUGUUGGUGGCUGGUCCUUUUUGUGAGCUGAAUGUUGAAGUUGACAAGCUGCUCAAUAAUUCUGAAGCAAUACAUAACAUGGUGUUAAAGCUGAAAGGGGCAUACAAAGAGGAUUUUGUGAUCUCUAAUUCUGAGGAUAACUCUGGCUUCCUGAAGAAAUUGCAAUACUACAUCAAUCGAGACCUGGAAACUGAACUCAAUCUCACUUCUGAGACUAUUGCCAUCCCAGCACAAACUAUGAUGGACAUAGUGGAUGGUGCAGUUCCAAUCAUUGUAAACACUGGAUCCUCAAUCCCUUUAAAACCAAUGCCAGCCAAGCACCAUCUUACAGUCUCUUUGCCUUUGGGAGAGGAUAAAGUUGAUCUGCAGCUCCAAAUGGACGUUCGCUCUAAUGAAGAUCUGGAUGUACGACUGGAUUUUGAUAUCCCAAUAGAAGAGAAGAAUUUUUUGAUGAAAAGGACAAAAGUCGUGUCACAAGCUCUACAGAAAGCUUUGAAUCUCAACUCUCCACCUGAGCCUAGCAAGGUGCCAUUGGUGGCUGUGGUGUGUUCUGGGGGCGGGUCCAGAGCGAUGACUGGCACAUACGGAAGCCUUAAAGGCCUGCAGAAGCUCCAACUUCUUGAUGCCGUCAGCUACAUCACAGUGGUUUCUGGUUCCACUUGGGCUAUAUCCUCUCUAUAUGAAGACCCUAACUGGUCAAAGAGUGACCUUGAUAAGUUAAUGGAGUCUCCAAAAAAAGAGCUUUCUAAAAGUAUGCUCUCCAUGUUUUCCCAUGAGCAGCUGAAACACUAUAAAGAGAAGAUGGAAGAGAGAGAGAAAGAAGGACACCUUGUCUCUCUCAUUGACAUGUGGGGUCUGGCUUUAGAGUAUCUUGUCCAAGGGAAGAAACAAAUGAGUACACUAUCUGAACUGCAGAAGUCACUGUCAGAAGGCCAGAACCCUCUACCCAUCUUCACUGCUGUCAACUUGAAGAAUGGCAAGACCGAAAGUAUAGUGGAUGCUGAAUGGUGUGAGUUCACCCCAUAUGAGGUUGGAUUUCCCAAGUAUGGCGCCUUUGUACCUGCACAGAACUUCGGUAGUGAAUACUACCUUGGUCACAUAGUCAAGAAACUCCCUGAAACUGGGUUGUCCACACUGCUGGGAUUGUGGAGCAGCAUUUUCUCGAUAAAUCUGACACAGAUCUGGAAUUACGCCACUGGAGUUUCCCCUUCAUGGACUAUAGAAGGUGUGAGUAACAAAGAAACUGAUAGUAAACCAAGAGCACUUUCCACGCACCUGAUCAGCCCUGUGACUAUCUUAGCUGAAAUUGUGAGUGGCUUUCUGAACAGCCGCCCCAUUAUCAGCCAGAUGUACAACUUCCUAAGAGGCUUGAAUCUGCACAAGGACUACAGUGAGAACACAGGCUUCAUCACAUGGAAAGAAAAACACCCAGAUGCCUUUCCUAACAACAUGACACCAACUGAUCCUGUGCUGAGCUUAGUAGAUUCUGGAUUUGCCUUAAAUGCAGGAUUCCCUCCCGUGGUACGCUCUCAUAGACAUGUGGAUGUUAUUCUGUCUCUAAAUUAUUCCUGGGAGGAACAGUUUAAGGUAUUGAAGCAAUCUCAGGAAUAUUGCAUCGAUCGCAAGAUUCCAUUUCCAAAGAUCAACUUUAAAAAAGUGGAGUCAGAGCCAUUGAAAGAAGUGUAUGUGUUUGAGGAUAAAGACAAUCCAGAGGCUCCCGUAGUGAUUCAUUUUCCCAUGGUGAAUAUUUCAUUCAAACAGUUCAAAGCUCCUGGAGUGAAGAGAGAGGGUGAGAAAGAGCUGAAGGAGGGAGCAGUUGAUGUUGACAUUAACAGUAACACCUCUCCAUAUAUUACUCACAAACUUACUUACACACCGGAGAACUUCCAGAAACUGAUCAACCUCACCUCCUACAACAUCGAAAACAACAAAGACAUAAUUUUAAAUACGCUGAACAAAGUGCUAAACAGAAAAAGUCAGACAGGUAAUGAUAAGAUCAACAAAAAAGAGAUGAAUGCUGGUGAAAAGAUCAGCUUGAGGCCUUCACCAAAACAAUGAUUGCAAAAGAUUGAAGCAAGAAGACUCUAAAGCACACCUCAAAACAGGAAGUGUGUGUUUUAUUCAGUGAGUCUUAGUCAGUUUGCCUGCUCUGAAUUCUAAGUAUUUAACAUUUAUGUCUAGAAAAUUGAACAAAGCCCUGUGGUUUGUCAAUGAUAUUAAGUAAUGUGUCAUUUGACAAAGUGUGUGAUGCAGCAAUGUAUGUGUAGAAACUGUUUUGUGAAAUCCACCUGAUACUGUAUUCUAAGGAUGUACCUUGUAUGCACUAUGUACCUCAAUAUUAAUUGCAAUAUUGUUUAAUAAGUAAUUUUCUUUUGAAAUGAUCGGUUAAGUAUCAGACUAUAUUUAGAAUGCAUAGUGUUCUAAAUUAAUUUUACUUAAGAUUAUAUUUGUUUAGUGUUUAAACAGAGACCAUAUGAUGAUGUAUGGUUUAUGACAAAAUAAAACCAAUGAAAAGGAGUUUGACAUUCAAGUUAAGUAAUUUUUAUUUGUAUAGCACCUUUCACAACACGCAUUGUUUCAAAGCAGCUUUACAUCAUUGUGUAGUUUGAUGAAAUAUGAUUAA